GCCCUGUUUGUGCUGCGGGGAAAAUGCUUUCAAAUUUGUGAUUGCAGGAUUUACUUUGCUUUCUGCUGCAUCCAGGCCCAGAUGUGGGUGCAGAGUGUCAUUGCAGGUAUCCUGAGAGACGGUGACAACGGCGUCCUGCCCACUGAGAUCCGAAAGAUCGUGUGGGACGCGGCCACAGAGAAGGAGCGGCAGCUCCAAGCCUGGUGGAGGCUCGUCAACUUCACCCACGACCAGGCUCUCAACGCAGUCAUUGCCCACGUCCUCACUGUGGCUGAGGCUCGCAUUGAAAAGGUCUACCCCAUCGUGGCCCUGGGGGUAAACACAAACGGGUCUGUGGUCUACCCCCUGGACCACCGCAUGUGGGCCAGGCUGUCUGAUGGGAAGUGGCAGACGGUCGAUUUGGAAGCCUGCAUUUUGGAGAGGGGGCUGGGAUUCAUAUGCGAAGAUGAUGCCCUUAAGGCAAGUGAUGUGUGCUUUGACACCAAAGAAGGGGUGUGCCACUUUGAGAUCAACCCCCAGAGCAGUAAAAAAACCAUGUUAGUGUACGUAGGGAAAGGCUGUGUGUGCUUCAGAACGACAUGUAAAUACGUGCAGAUUAAUGAAGCUUAUAACCAGACCGUGUUUAGCGACUCAAAUAUGUGUGCUUGCAAUGUAGCUACUAUUAGAGGCUGUGAUUUUGUGUAUAAGCCACCUGUGUUUACUAGCCAGUUGCUAAUCAGAAAUUAUACCUUGUAUCGUAGUAUAACCCCGACCCCCAUCGGUAUGGAUUUAUCACUUGUAAAAGAAAUGUUAGAGCAUGCAAAUUUGCAGCAGCUGCUAGAAAAUGCCAAGGCCGAAGCUAAAAAGAUCCUAAUAACAGUCCACCAUGAUGGCAAAGUUAUAAAACAGGUAAUGGAACGAAUUAAGAGGGUGGGAGAGCACCAUUGGUGGGAAGUUUUUUUCGGCUGGUCCCCCACGGCCACUGGCAUUUUCAACGCGCUGCUGCACCCCGUUGUAGUUAUCCUGCUAAUGCAAAUCUGUGUGUGCUUUGCCAUGGUAGCCACUUGUUACCGGAUGAGGCAGGUGAAGCUCAGCUUCGACAACCAGGUGAAAAGAAUGAGGCUGGCCAAGAGCGUCCUGCAGUAGUCAAGGGCAAGACUGGGUUGGCCUCUGUGUUUGCCACCAAGAAGAUCUUUUGGCUCCGCUGUUGGCUGCAACCCAGUAGGCGUUGAGCGGUGGGGACACACGCCAUGCCAGACCUUGAUGAGAGGGAUGGCCUUCUGUUAGCAGAGAGCCAUCCAGGCGGGGAGGACAGGCCAAGCAGCCUGCAGGUGGCACGAGUCACAGAAUGGUUGAGGUUGGAAGGGACCUCUUGAGAGGUUUCAUUUAGUCUGAACCCACCUGCUCAAGCAAGGUCACCUAGAGCAGAUCACCCAGAACUGUGUUCAGCUGAGCUUUGACCAUCUCCACAGAUGGAGACUCCACAACCUCUCUGGGCAAACCUGUUUCAUUGUUUGAUCACCCUCAUAGUAAAGAAGCAAAAGUUAGCAUAAGUAGCUUGUUUUUGAGCUUCCCAUCCUCAUAUACUAAUGUAAAGAAGCUGCUCUUGUGUGAUUUAAGAGUCUUUAAACCCAGGGAGAUGGGAGUAGG